AUGCCCAGCCGGAUUGACUGGGAGGAUUCUAGGAUUUUUAGAAUUCAUGCCGGUUGUGGCGGCACUGCUGACCGACUCAAGCCUCUCCCAGUCAUGCUCUUGAUGGCACACAAGAGUCGACGAUUGCUGUUGAUCAAAUGGGGUCGACCAGCGGAAUUGGAAGCAUUUUUCAUGGAUUGGCGAAAAUUCCGACAAGGACCCCGAGCCACGAAUAUAGAAGAGCUCAUAGAAUUGACAACCAACUCAGAAGAAUUUGCAAUGGUCAAGGCCCGUGUCCAAGCACACGAUCAUGGGAGUGUGUAUUACAAUGAACAACGACAACAACCCGACGAACCAACGUUUGAACAAGUCUACCAUCUUUGUUGGCGUGUCCUGUUUACACCGGCACAUGCCGUGGCAAAACGUAUCGAACAACAAUUUGAAAAUUCUGGUAUGGUACCAGGUCACUACGUGGGCAUUCAUAUUCGAGCUCUGUAUGGGGUCAGCGAGCGAGAUCCUGCCAUGAUCGAGCACUGGACACGCAAUGCCAUCCAUUGUGCCUCUCAACUUGAGAAACAGCAGUUACAUUCAACCGCUGGUCCAUUCUAUCUGAGUUCUGAUUCUUCUGUUGCACUCGCUGUGGGCAUGGCCUACGGAAUGGAACUGGGUGCACAAGUAGUCACUCGACAAACAGCAGAAGAAAAAGCGCCCAAACAACCCUAUCACUUGGACAAGGCUCCGAAAUCGGCCAAGCCGUCAGAGUUCUACGAUACCUUUGUAGAUCUAUACCUGCUGGCCAUUGGUCGCUGUGUCACUUACAACAUGGGAGGCUAUGGCACCUGGGCAUUGUACAUUAGUCCAUAUACCAACCACAACAACAACAAAGCUGUUUCCUUUUCAACACCACAACGCCAGUGGUAUUCACAAAUGUGA